GUCGCACCAGCAGCCUGGAACCUGUACAACAUGUUCAGUCUGGUCAAGCUGCCUCCCGUCUUCAAUGCACACCAAGUGCCUAAAGCCUUCCAGGAGGACUCUAUUAUCUCUGGGUAUCGUCACCCUCGCAGCUCCGCUACUGACUGCAUCCUCAGCCUGUUCCAGCUCACUAACGAGACCCUCAAUGUCUGGACGCACUUUUUACCCACAUGGUAUUUUCUGUACAAGUUGGUGACGGUGAUCUUUCUACAGGAUGUGUGGACCGAUUCAUACACAUGGCCACUUCUGGUCUACCUGGUGUCCUGCUGCGUGUACCCGUUGGCAUCCAGCUGUGCUCACACGUUCAGCACCAUGUCCACACGUUCCCGCCACAUCUGCUACUUUUUUGACUAUGGAGCGCUCAGUCUAUACAGUUUGGGUUCUGCUAUUGCCUACUCUGCAUACAUCGUUCCAGAUGCAUGGGUGAACAGUAAUUUCCACAAGUAUUAUGUUCCUGUGGCGGUACUCAACACUGUGAUCUCCACUGCCACGGCCUGUUAUUCCAGGCUUGGCUUCUUACUACACUCUAACCAUGACAGUGUGAACAGAUUUGCCGAAAACAAGAGACCCAGAUUGGGCAAAGUGCUGCGUGUUUUGGCCUUUACUUACCCCUACCUGUUUGACAACAUUCCUCUCUUUUAUAGGAUCUUCUUCUGUGUGGGAGAAGGCUGCACUGCAAAUGAAGUAAACCCUUUCCACGUACACCACAUCAUCCUGGCUUUCCUCACAGGCUUUCUGUUCGCCACACAUCUGCCCGAGAGGCUGGCACCUGGACGUUUUGACCUCAUAGGCCACAGCCACCAGCUGUUCCAUGUGUGUGGGAUCACUGCUACACACUUCCAAAUGCAGGCCUUAGAGAUGGACAUGACUCUGAGACGGAAGUGGCUGCAUGUCAACGCUCCUGCCGUUACCUUCGGAGGGACCCUGGGAGCCUCCAUGGUGUCCAUUAUGAUUGGCCUGGGAAUCAUCUACUACUUUAGUUAUCCUCUUUUUUACAGAUAUGUUGUGCAACAAUCAGGCAGGAAAGGGUCGGGUAAAGUGAAGAAGAACUGAAGGCACUAACGAGAGCUCACCGAGUCCUCACUAGAAGUUUGGAACUGAUCGAAUGGAUGGUUUAUUCAAAAAAGAACAAUUUUGUUUUAAAGCACAAGACAAUGCUAAAAAGGGUUGAGUCAUUUCGGUCCGAUCUUGUGUUUUAGGAUUGCACAUAGACUAGAAAGAGAGACUACAGUAUGUUAAAACAUUGGAGUCUUCCUUUAGUCAGGUUGUAAUAUUGGAAAUGUAUUAGAAUUAUGCACUGUGUGCGUGUGAGAGUGUGUAUGUGAGAGUGUGCAUGUGAGAGCAUAUGAGUGAGUGUGAGAGUGUAUGUGUAUGUCUGUAUUUAUACAUAUUUUUAGAGGUAUAUGAUUGUAUGUUUCUGCUGAUCCCAAGCCUUGAUGCUGCACACCUUAUUUGUGAAUUGCACUUAGAAUUCAUGAAGUACAAGCAAUCUCAGGAGGUCUAAAUAAGUAAGAGAUGUGUGUGUGUGUUAAUGUGUAUGGAUAUACAUGUUCAAAUAUUUGAGUAUGUAUUUCCCAGUUUUUACAGUGGUGCUGCAUUACACUCCGGUCACAAUUCAGCUGAUGUUACUGUCUUCAUGAUCCGAUUUAAUUCAAUCCUCAGGGUAUUUUUGAACAAAAACACAUUUCUACUUGACAAUGGCACUGUGCACAAAUAAAGCUACCCCAAGACAUUAUUUGAUGAGUUUGUUGUGGAAGAACUUGAAUGGCUUUCACAGAGCCCUGACCUUAACCCCACUGAACAGCUUUAUUAAAUAAGGAAUAAAAUGCCCUACAAACUCUUAUGGUAAACCUUUACAGAAGAGCGAAGGUUAUUAUAAAAGCAAAGAGGGUGAAAUCUGGAAUGAGGUGUUUAACAC